GUUUAUAAAGGUCUGCACACUUUUCUGAGUGUCUGUGACAGAGAACAUUGCUUGAACAGUUGGGGCUGUCAUUCAAUAUUUAAGCUGCUCUGAAUGUGAACUUCAACACCAAUAAUAAAGGACACUGGAAUUUGUGGAGAUGAAUGAGUCGGUGAAGAACCCAAACCAGCAGAGCUACUGGCAGGAGAGGGGCAGAUGGGCGGGCUAUGAAGAGACCUAUGAUGUUGAAGCAGGUCGCUGGGGCCCGUCCCACAUCUCCUGCCUCACCUUUCAGAGUCUGGUGCAGAUACGCAGGGCAAUGAACACGGGUGUGAUGAUGUUGGACAGAGAGGAGAAGACACUCUCCAGUAUUAUUGAGAAGAUUGUGGAUACCCUGGUUAGCAAAAAGGAGAUUCAACCAGGGGACAGAGAUAAGGUUCUUCAAGCAUUAAUGCACAAACAGAGCCAGUCUGUAGAGACCCAGCCUCUAACUUCAGGCAUGGAAAUGGAGAAAUUCUCUGUCACAGAGAAAAGGGACACAGCUGAUACUGCAGAGGCCUCGAUGGUGCUAGUAGGUGCUCUGGAGUUCCUGGAGAGGCCUACAAUAGCAUUCGUGCGUCUGCGGGAUGCUGUGGUGCUGGAGUCAGCUCUGGAAACUCCUGUGCCUGUGCGGUUCAUCUUCAUCCUGAUCGGCCCAACCACAACUGACAUGGACUAUCAUGAGUGUGGCCGAGCGAUGGCAGCACUACUAGCUGACAAAGUGUUUAACCAAGCGGCUUUCCAGGCUCAGAGUGACCGGGAGCUGAUUGAAGCCGUGGGAGACUUCAUGGACUGCUGCAUUGUGAUUCCACCCACUGAGAUUCAGGACGAGUCCCUGCUAACAUCACUCAUCCCCUUCCAGAAGAAACUACUGCAUGACAGACUCCGCCCAUCUGACCCCAAACUCCGCCUGGAUGUCAAACCUCGCAAGCCUUCAAAAUCUUCAGGACCCCCUCCAGAAGACCCUCUAGCACGAACUGGUGUUCCAUUUGGUGGCAUGAUUAGAGACAUGAAGAGACGGUACCAGUACUACAAAAGUGACAUCACUGAUGCUCUGAACGCUCAAGUCGUCGCUGCUAUCAUCUUUAUCUACUUUGCUGCUCUCUCACCUGCCAUCACCUUUGGCGGUCUCCUUGCUGAUAAGGUGGAUAACAUGAUGGGUGUUUCAGAGCUGAUGAUCUCCACCUCAGUGCUGGGCAUUAUCUUCUGCCUGGUUGCUGCCCAACCUGUACUAGUUAUUGGCUUUUCUGGGCCACUGCUGGUGUUUGAAGAGGCCUUUUUUAAUUUCUGUAAGUCUCAGGAAAUUGAGUACAUUGUUGGCCGAGUGUGGGUUGGUGCUUGGCUGGUAGUCAUCGUUGUGGUCAUUGUGGCCUUUGAAGGAAGCUUCCUGGUCCGCUUCAUUUCCCGCUUCACUCAAGAGAUCUUCUCCAUCCUCAUCUCCCUCAUUUUCAUCUAUGAGACCUUUGCUAAACUUGGCAGGGUUUUCAAAGAACACCCUCUUAUCCUAAAUUAUGAGCAUUUAAAUAGUACAGCUGAGGACCCUUGGCACUCAGUUGUCAGCUAUCAGAGACUCCUGGACAAUGCUACAGGCAAUAUGUCUGUCGUGAGAUCUGUUCAGCACCGGCCGUAUCCCAACACAGCUCUUCUGUCCAUGUGUCUCAUGUUUGGCUGUUUCUCUAUUGCAUACUAUCUACGCAUGUUCAAGAAUGGCAAAUUCCUGCCAGGCAAGAUUCGGCGUUUGCUUGGUGACUUUGGAGUUCCCAUUGCAAUUUUCCUCAUGGUUGCUAUCGAUAUCAAUAUUGAGGAUACAUACACUCAGAAACUGGUGGUGCCUAAGGGUCUUCAGGUGUCCAACCCUAAGAUGCGGGGAUGGUUAAUCAACCCUAUGGGUGAACACAAGCGCUUCCCCAUAUGGCUGAUGUUCGCCUCUGUUGUCCCAGCUAUGCUGGUCUUCAUCCUCAUCUUCCUGGAGUCUCAGAUUACGACACUGAUUGUGAGUAAACCAGAGAGAAAAAUGGUCAAGGGUUCUGGCUUCCAUAUGGAUCUUCUCCUCUUGGUGAGCAUGGGAGGUCUGAGUGCUAUAUUUGGCAUUCCUUGGUUGAGUGCUGCAACUGUACGAUCCGUAUCUCACGCCAAUGCCCUGACUGUCAUGAGCAAGGGCCCAAAACCUGAGAUUGAGAAAGUUCUGGAACAGAGAGUCAGUGGAGUAGUGGUGGCUUUGCUUGUUGGUCUGUCCAUUCUCAUGGAGCCCAUUCUAAAAAUGAUUCCAAUUACAGCUUUGUUUGGAAUCUUCCUCUACAUGGGAAUCACAUCCCUCAGUGGUAUUCAGCUUUGGGAUCGAAUGCUGCUCCUUCUUAUUCCCAAGAAGUAUCACCCCAAUGAACCCUAUGCUACCAAAGUCAGCACCAGUAGGAUGCAUGUGUUCACUGCGAUCCAGAUGGUGUGUCUGGCAGUCCUGUGGAUGGUGAAAUCGAGCCCCGUGUCACUGGCUCUACCAUUCGUCCUGAUACUCACCAUUCCUCUGCGCAUGUUAAUGACUGGGCGACUUUUCACUGAGCAAGAGAUGAAAUAUCUUGACGGUGAUGAUGCCAAGGCAACUUUUGAAGAGGAGCCAGGAGUGGAUAUGUAUUCUGAAACACAAAUGCCGUUAUAGAUCCUUUUCCUGGAACCAAAGUCAUUUUUCACAAUCAACUUUUCAUGUCAGGAGAAUUAGAGUGGGUCCAGUAUAUAAAAAUUUUGACAAAAUGAUGCCCAAUUUCAACCCUCUUUUAAUGCAUUAAGUUUUAUCAUUUUUAGGUGUUUGUGUGUGAGUGUUUUCUCUGUUGUUAUAAUGGUCCAUUACAGUUCUUACAAGAUGACAUGUCAUCAUGAUGUGCAAAAUAUAAACACAAGUGCCUUAAAUAACUUUUGCACUAAUAUUCAUUAAGGUGCUGCAUUAUGGUCGUAGGACCAGCACAUCCAAAAGAUAAUAUAUUGUUCUUCAUUAUAAAGAAACUGUUUUUAUAAAUACUUUGUCUUGUUGAAAGUAUAGAUUUGCUUUGCCCCUCACAUAAAGAUGUGCUAUUACCAGUCUAGAUGUCACUGGAUGAUUUAAACCUGAAAAACAUUUUUCCUGACGAAUGUAUGUAUUUUAUGUUGUUCGAUAAAUCUACAUCAAACAACAUGUCAAGUGUAUUUCCUUUCCAUGUUACAGGCAAAUAAGACAAAGAGCCAAAGUAACAGUGCAUAAAUGUGAAGUAUUUCAAAUAUAUAUCUGUAAUAAAUUCUGAAAAAAUAUGCGUGAUAGUUUGUUU